CCUGAUUAUUUAAAUCCUGUAGAGUGACGUAUACAACUGGAGAACGGAUUGGUGUUGUGACGCCACGUGUGUUCUGCACGGGAAUAAAUAACUCAAACAUGCGCGCAUGCAGCAGACUGUCCUUCGGUCUGUUAUUUAUACAGUCUGAUACCAAAAUGCAAAAAUGUGCUAUAUCAGACCUUCGUGUAUGUGAGACUUCAUUUGCGGAUGAAUGGCAGGAUGAUUUCAUAGUGAAAUGUUUGGGUGACCUGCUUCUGUCUCCUCCUGCACGGAAGCGCUGGGAAUGACAGUACAACUGAGAUUGUCUUAUGUUUUUCCAGUUUGACUUCAGACAGCUGGAAACAGCACAGGCUGGUGGUGCACCGCUUCUCUUCAGUGCAGCUCGACGCGGAUGAAUGCAUUAAAAAUAAUAAUAUCUCCAUGAUGGACUGUCUAUCACGCACUGCCUACUGGCCUCUCAUUCGAUUCCUGGUGCCACUUGCCAUUACUAAUAUAGCUACUGACUUUGGAGAACAGGCUCUGAACAGAGGUAUAGCGACUGUAAAAGAGGAUAGAGUUGAGAUGUUGGCCAGCUAUGGUCUGGCAUACUCGCUUAUGAAGUUCUUCACUGGACCCAUGAGCGACUUCAAGAGUGUGGGUCUCGUGCUUGUCAACAGCAAGAGGGAGAGAGCCAAAGCUGUCCUCUGCAUGGCCGUGGCAGGGAUCAUUGCCAUUGUCUUCCACAUACUCAUAGCUUACACAGAUCUGGGUUACUACAUCAUAAAUAAGCUUCACCAUGUGGAUGAAUCAGUCGGAAACAAGACGAGGAAGGCCUUCCUGUACCUUGCAGUAUUUCCCAUAUUAGAUGCAAUGGCAUGGAUUCAUGCAGGCAUCCUUCUAAAGCACAAGUACAGCCUGCUGGUGGGCUCUGCCUCCAUUUCUGAUGUUGUUGCACAGAUAAUAUUUGUGGCAAUCCUUCUCCAAAGUAACUUGGAAUGUUUAGAGCCUCUUCUUAUUCCCAUUCUCUCUCUGUACAUGGGAGCUCUGGUGCGUUUCACUAUCGUUGGACUGGGCUACUACCACAAAAUCCAUGACAACAUCCCUGAAACAAGUAGUCUGGAUCAGGGGGGUGAUGCCACUGUAAGGAAGAUGCUCAGUUUCUGGUGGCCGCUUGCACUCAUUUUGGCCACUCAGCGCAUCAGCAGACCCAUCGUCAACCUGUUCGUCUCACGGGACCUUAAAGGCAGCACUGCAUCAGUUGAAGCAGUAGCAGUCCUCACUGCCACAUAUCCUGUGGGUCACAUGCCCUACGGCUGGUUAACAGAACUGCGAGCUGUCUAUCCAGCUUUCGAUAAGAAUGACCCUUCAAAUAAAUUAGUUGGUGGUCAGCCGGUCACCAAAUCUCACAUCAAGAGAUUCACUCUCUGCUGCUUGAUUCUCUCCUUAGCGCUUUGUUUCAUUGUAUUCUGGACCCCUUAUGUUUCGGAGCGAAUCCUGGUAGACAUCAUCGGGGUGGACAUGGACUUUGCACAACUCUGCAUCAUUCCUCUGAGAAUCUUUUCCUUCUUCCCUCUGCCAGUAACUGUUCGAGCUCAUCUGACGGGCUGGUUAAUGACAUUGAAGAAAACGUUUGUGCUGGCACCCAGUUCUGUCCUGCGUAUAAUUGUGCUCAUCACAAGCCUUCUGGUGCUGCCUUACAUGGGGGUGCAUGGUGCCACACUGGGAGUGGGAUCUUUAUUGGCAGGAUUCGUGGGGGAGUCCACCAUGGUCGCAGUGGCUGCCUGUUAUGUAUACCGAAAUCAGCAGAAACCCCCAGAUACAGAGAUGGUUGUGGAGGAAGACAACUCUUCCCCAAUGAAUGAGGUCACCUCCAGGACCCAGUUAGAUGGCAUUGAAGAGGAUGAGAAUGAGAGGGUAGAAAGAGAGAUCAAUGAAGAUGAAUGAAUUUGAGGA